AUGCAACCUGAAUACAGUGCUACAACAAGAAAACCAGAAGACAAAGUUACGCUAAGACAACCUGAAGACAGAGUAACACCAAGGCAACCUGAGUACAGAGUUUCACCAAGGCAACCUGAAGACAGAGUUACACCAAGGCAACCUGAAGACAGAGUCACACCACGGCAACCUGAAGACAGAGUUACCCCAAGACCAAGUGAGGACAGAUUUACACCAAGGCAACCUGAAGACAGGGUUCCACCAAGAGAACCUGAAGACAAAGUUACGUUACGGCAACCUGAAGACAGAGUUACACCAAGGCAGCCUGAAGACAUGUUUUCACCAAGGCAACCUGAGGACAGCGUUACACCAGGGCAACCUGAAGACAGGUUUACACCAAGAGAACCUGAAGACUGGGUAACACCAAAGCAACCUGUAGACAGGUUUACACCAAGGCAACCCAAAGACAAGUUUACACCAACGCAACCUGAAGACAGGGUUACACAAAGACAGCCUGAGGACAGGGUUACACCAAGGCAACCUGUAGACAGGUUUACACUAACGCAAACUGAUGAUAGGGUUACAGAAAGGCAACCUGAAGAAAGGGUUACACCAAGGCAACCUGAAGACAGAGGUAAACCAAAACAACCUGAAGACACAGUUACACCAAGACAACCUGAAGACAAAGUGACACUAAGGCAACCUGAAGACAGGGUUACCACAAAGAAACCUGACGGCACAAUUACACCAAGGCAACCUAAAGACAGGCUUACACUAACCCAACUAGAAGACAGGGUUACACAAAGAAAACCUGAAGACAGGGUUACACCCAUGCAACCUGAAGACAGGUUUACACCAAGGCAACCUAAAGAUAGGGUUACUACAAGAGAACCCGAAGAUUGGGUUACAACAAGACAACCUGAAGACAGGCUUCCUCCAAAGCAACCUGAAGACAAGGUUACACCAAGAGAACCUGAAUACAGGGUUACACCAAGGCAACCUGAAGACAGAAUUACACCAAGACAACCUGAAGACAGAGAUACACCAAGGCAUCCUGAAGACAGAAUUACACCAAGGCAACCUGAGGACAGAAUUACACCAAGACAACCUAUUGACAGAGAUACACCAAGGCAACCUGAAGACAGGGUUACACCAAGAGAACCUGAAGACAGGGUUACGCCAAAAGAACUUGAAGAGAGGGUUACACCAAGGCAACCUGAAGACAGGGUUACUCCAAGUGACAUUGAAGACAAGCCACCAAUGUUGCUCUCUGCUGAGCGUGAUUUAAUAUUUAUGUUGGACUCAUCCAGCUAUGGUUUCCGAGUUAGAAUUCCGCAAGCAGAUUGA